CUGACCCAUCUCUUGUACACUCACUCUUCCCUCGACCCUCGACCAUCGCGAGAUGGACGCUCAGGAAGCUCCAUAUCAAGAUCCAUGGAGUGGGCCACCAUGGAACCCUGGAAUUUCUCCAGCAUCCAGCUCGCCCUGGGGUACGAACCAACCUCUUCCGAGAGACCCACGAUUACCAGCAUUUACCACUCUGCCGAUCCCGACUGAGCCGUCACACCCACAUCGUAUCCUACACGAUCUCAUCAAUUACUCUCAUUACUCUCGUCACGGUCGCUUCACAUCCACCGCCCACGCUACUGUUCUACGGCAGUUGUUUCAGACCGUCUGGCGCAAACCGGAAUGGGUACCCUUCUUUGAUAUGGCACCUGAAGAUGCAGCUGGAAUGCCGGGCAGUAAGAGCAUGUCCGAUUGGUUAUGGCUUGGCGAGGAUGGUCUGGAGAGAGGCUGGAAGCUGAGUGAGGCUCAAUCGAAGGUGGAGAAGACUAGUCCACCCUCUCGUGGCAAGAGCUGUGGCAAGAUACUGCAUCGAUUCGAUAGGACUUAUUCGUGCAAGACUUGCGCAGCCGACGCUUCGUGUGUCUUAUGCGUCGACUGCUUCAGCGCAUCUGAUCACGAGGGACACGAGAUUCUUUUCGGACAGUCAUUCUCCUUUGCAGCCGCCUGUGAUUGUGGCGAUUCGAGUGCUUGGCUCGAGGGUGCCAACAACGGCUGCGAGGAUCACCCUCCCCUUCCACCUGACGAAGAAGCUAUAGACCCUCCUCUUGGCUUCAUCACCGCUGCAAAAGUUCCGGCUGCGCUUCUUAGUGACCUCUACACGACCAUUGUUAUCUGCCUCGAAUUCAUCAUCAACACCAUGCAGCAUUCACCUCUCCCUUCCACCUAUUCCGAUCUCCCAAAGGAUCUGAAGGAAAUGAUGUCGAGCUCCAGCAAUUUCCCAACUGGAGAGCCUAUUGAUCGUCGUUCAGCAGGACCUUGGAGUGUUAUCUUGUGGGCCGAUGAAAAACACGUUAUGAAGGAAGUCACGCGGCAGAUUCGAGAUGCCCUCGGCCUACCCUGGAACGCGGCUUCGUACAUGGCUAGAGAAGCCGAUACGUAUGGACGAAAAUGCGUUCUUGUCACUCCCAACGCUCUUCUCGCCUUUCACACCGCAUCAAUGUUUCAGCAAAUCGACCUAGGUGUCACCCUUCGGCUGGCCGGCGACACAUUCAAAGAAGAAGUCGUCAAGGUCAUCAUUGGGUGGCUUUCCGACAUGUGUUGCGCUACCAUCGCUGGUGACCCAAACUUGUUCAGGCGUCUUGUAGCUCGAGCAUUCGCAGAACCGCGCUUGAGCAAAGACCAACAUCGCGGUGCACCUCUUGCUCCUGACCUUCAGGAUCUCCUUGUCACGCCGGACCUGUGCCGUUUGCCGCGUCGGGAGCACGUAUUCGGGAAUGAGCCGACCCGUUUAGACUGGAUGAUGCGCCUUGACGUGAGGCUGUGGCGGCGAGCCAAGUGGGACAUGCGACAGAUCUAUUCGGCCAUUUAUGGAACUGACCGGCACGGCAAAAGGCAAUUGGCGUGUCGUUUCGGUGCUAACUACGUCGCCAUGUUCGAGCACUACCUGUUUCAUGAUCGAGAGCUGGACACCAACCUGAUCUUCAGUAUCGCUUACAUGGUCUUCGGACACGCUAUAGCUGCCGCGAACGCCUCUGUUCACGUCGGUUUGUUCGAGACGGUAUUGGAUGUCGCCGAGUCUUGGUACAGCGGAAACGGCAAAUCUCUGAUCCUGCCCGCAUCUUUCGAGGUACCGCGACUUGAUACCACUACUCCUGCCUUCCGAGGCAAGAAGGCCAUGACCAUCUUUGGCCAUGUUCGAAUUCUCUUUCGACAUCCUCUCACGCAAAUGGUGAUAGUCGCCAGUCCCUUCAUGACCGAUCGAGUCUUCACUCUCCUGCACCUCUUUGUCGGACUCCAGCCACAGCACCGGGUAUUGGACGAACACGUGGAGUAUGAAGUCGAGUGGCCCAGAUCUUUUGCGAUCCUUGCAGAGCUAUCGAAAUGCUGUCGUGAAUUUGGCGAAUGCUUCAGGCACGCAGAAGUGGACGUCACCCUAGCAACCAUUCACCGAGCCAUCAAAACGAUCCGUAGUGAUAUGCUCCUUCUUACUGAUAGGCUCGAUCCAGAGAUAUGGACACCACCCGUGGCUCACAGAUUGAUCGGCGUUCUCGACGCUGGUACGCAAUUCGAUGUCAUCGACAUCAACGUUGCAACCAUCAAGGCUUUUACUUUCCACCACUAUUUCCACCUCGCCAUUGCUGAGAUGAUCAAGUCAUUGAUGUUCGCUAUAGCUUCUGACGGCGGCUUGGCAAACGGUGUAUCGUUCCCGGACAUCUUCAAACGCGCACUGCAGAUUCCGGGCGCCGGAGACAGUGAAAAGAUCAAGCUUCUCAUCCUCGAAUGGCCGCUACAAAUGCACGUCGUCCUUUCUCAGAUUCGUGCAGACAUGUGGAAGAAGAACGGCGUCGCCAUGCGCGGUCAAUAUCACCACUAUCGCGAGAUGAACGUCAGAGAAGCUACUGUGGAUCAGGAUUUCUUCCUCCUGCAAUUCUGCCUCUGUAUCUUGGACCCUUACAAAUUUUUCGUCGCAGUCAUUGACCGCUUCGGACUAGUACCCUGGUUCCGUGACCCCAUUACACAGGCUCGUCAUUGGAACGAAAGCGAGAUGGAUCCCAAGCAAGUCAUCGCCAUCAUGGAGGACUUUGUACUCCUCGUCAUUCACAUCGUCACAGAGACUACCUCGGUCUGUCAAUGGGAUCAGACACGGGUAACGCGCAAGCACAUCAUUCACCAACUCGCGCUUGGCAAGCUCAGCUAUGCUGAGCUGCUGAAAAAGCUUCCUGAGCGCUGCGCAGAGCGACGAAGUAUCCUGAACGUGCUUCGCUCAGUGUCCGACUUUCAUCGACCGACUAUGACGGCCAACGGUGCUUACACGCUCAAGGAAGAAUGCUAUGCCGAGGUCGACCCCUACUGGCGUCACUACACCCGCAACGAGCAGCGCACAGCCACAGCGAAAUUGGUUGAGCGAGCGAAGAAGUCUGAUCAGACCACCGAGCCACUUCUCAUGCCACUUCCCCUCGAGUUUCCCCCACCUGGCCAGCCUAUGUCUAAUCUCGGCGCUUUUCUCAGCAAUAACGCGGGGACUGACAUCGUUUAUUGGGUCGUCGCACACUGCAUGUACAUGGCAGAUCAAACCAACUGGCCGGGUCUGGAGGCCGCGAAGAAUGAAGCUCCUCAGCUCGACAACCUUCUGGACCUUGCCUUGCACCUUUCCAUGAUCAUUAUAUCAGUGGCGCCGAAAGAGUUUGCAGAAAGGUCUGUUCAUAUCCAACCAAAAAGUCAGUCAAUGAGCUUGUUCCAGAAGUUCUGGUUCAUGCAGACGAGCGAGGUUUUCAAAGCGUUUAGACCGAAACUCGACUACGUACUCAAGGCCAUCGUUGAACGCCUUCCCGAGACAUACACCGCCGAGUACCGUGAAUCUCUCGAGGCGAGCAAGCUCGUUCAGGAUCCGGAAGAGAGCAAAGCUCAGGUUCGUGCUGCUGCUGCUGCUCGUCAGAAGGCUAUCAUGGCCGAAUUUGCCAAGAAACAAGCGGACUUUGCUUCCCUCAUGGAGGAAGACGACGACGAGGAAGACAUAAUGGACGAGGUCAAGGAAGAGGAGGAGUCCUAUGGUCAGUGCAUCGUCUGCCAAGAUGAUGUCACGCAUCAGCGUCCUGGAGGUAUGCUCGCGCUAAUGCAGCCGAGCCGGGUUCUCCGGGACGUCUUCCACGAUCGCGAUUGGCUCGAAGAGUCUCUCGCCACGCCGGUCUGCCUGGACAAUGCGACUCGACAUACUCGGUUCGGGCUGGACAGUACCGGCGAACCGAUAGAGACUGACGGAUACCCAUCAACUCACUAUCGAUUUGGCGCCUACAUUUCGGCCUGCAAUCACGUCAUGCACGAGACGUGUAUCGGGACUUACUUUGAGGCUACUAGAUGGCGGCACACUCAGCAAGUCGGCCGGCAUCAUCCUGAAAAUGCCGUUCGAAUGGAGUAUAUGUGUCCCUUGUGCAAAUCCCUUGGCAAUAUUCUUAUACCCCUCGAUACGACGCAGACGCCUUUUAAAUCCGCGUUCAACCGUCAAGGCAAGCUCCCCACGCUAUCGGAGAAAAUUCGCAGCGUCUCUGAGGAGGGGCUGAUCCGGGUGUCCGAUUCUGCUCGUAUUUGGGACCACCACAUCGAGACUGGAGAAUUGACGCCUUGGUUUACGGAUUGCAACUUCUCGCUCAAUACCUUGGAUCCCGUUCAUCGGCGUCAGGUCAUGCGACCUAUCUCGAGAAUGAUCGAGCGAAUGCGGAAUCUGCUCAGACCUCUCUCAGACCAAUCUACACGAAUCCGAGGCAAAAAGUCAAGCAUGUACCUUCCAGACGAUGUUGUGGCAUACACAAUUGCCAUCUCUGAGAUCACCCAACGAGGUCUCGCUCGAGCGGAAGGCGCACUCAGUGUAGCUGAGCAGGUGCCCGACAUGAGCAUGAAGCUCAUCAAGAAACUCGUCGGCGUGCUACAACUUGAACUGGAUCUUUUCUUUGGGCCGAAUUAUGAUCGCACAGCUCUCCGAGUCGGAAUCUUUGCGCGUUUCUUGCCUGAUUGGUACCGAGCAAGUACCCUUCCUUCACCUCUUCUUCUCCGCAAUCCCCUCGGAAUGGUUGUCGAGACUGCUGCCAUAGCCCCCGAUCUCCUCCAUCCGGUGAUCGUCAUGGCUUAUUAUGCGAAUCUCACACGAGUUAUGCUCGGUCUCUCGAUCUACGCCCGACGUGUCCUUGUUCCCAAAACGGAUCCUCAGCCUCGAACGCCUGCUCCCGAGGAGCCAGAGCGAGAGGACGCCAUGUCAAUCUUUGCCGACUUCCGGAACAUCAUGCACGGCGUCUUCCGCAGUACUGGUCCGUUCAACGACAGCGAAGCGGUGCUGUCACUCUUCACCGACGAGAUGCUGGCCAAGCUGCUAUACGCUCAUACCCUACCUUUCCUCCGCAGGGCCGCCAUCAUCUACUAUUCUGUCACCGGCACCUACCCUGAUCCACAUGGUGCCGAUAGCCUCACAAACGCAUGCGAGUACAACCGGCUCAUGGCACUCCUUUGCAUUUCGCAUCCCAAAGACACGCUCCCAAAGCCCAAUUCGACCGAAGCGCCCAUCGUAUCGCGCUGGCUUACUCAGUGGUCCAUGCAGGGUCGAUAUGUACCUCCCCUCGAAUUCCCAGGCACCUACGAACUGUAUCGACUUCCAGUCAAUUGGGAGCGGAUGAUUCUACUGUUCACUGAUCUCAGGUGUGAGAAGUGCAACACUAAACCGAGCUUCCCAGCGGUCUGUCUCUUUUGCGGCGCUUUUGUCUGUCUUGGCGGAGACUGCUGUGCGGAGGGUGAGCAGGGAGAGUGUAAUCUUCAUAUGAGAGAGUGCGGAGCCGCCGUGGGCAUGUUUGUCGACAUCAAGCGAUGGGUCAUUUUGUACCUCUACGCGGGCUCUGGAUGCUUCCAAGCGAUGCCAUAUCUUGAUUCUCAUGGCGAACUUGAUCCAUCCCUGAGACGUGGACAUCGACAGAGCAUACACGUAGGGCGCUGGGAUGAGUUACGAAGAGCGACUUGGCUGCAGCAUACCAUACCUCAUUUGACGGCUAGAAGAUUGGAAUUGACGAAUGAUCAAGGCGGUUGGACUUGUCUCUAGGAGACGGGACCGAUCAACAUGUUGUAAUGGUUUCGAGGUUACUUGUUUGGACUGAAGGAGAAGUUUCCUUAGAACGUUGGCCGGCUCAAGGCAUAUACACCAGAUAUAAGAGCAUGAGGAUGAUUUUCGCAUUAUGACAGGGUAGCAUGCAAUAUGAGCACAAGUGCAU